UUGCCAUUACAAAAAGUGGCUCUUCAUUAUUCUAGAGGCCGACACCGUUUUUUAUUAUACAAUCACUGUCUAGUUUACUUCUGAAUUCCACAGUUUCAAGCUGAAGCGCCAUGGAAGCUAUAGCGGUUCAAGCCUUUCGAUUUUCAGUUAUGCUGCAUUCCACGAAGCCUGAGAGAACAGGGCCAAAUGACUCUGUCAGAAUGUUUGGUGGAUUUAAGAAACAGCUUUUUGUUUCGUCAACGUUUCACCCACCAAGACCUUCAACGAGGAUACAGCGAAAGAAAAAAUCUUUGGUGGUUGCAUGUUCGCAUAACAAUAUUCCAGCGAGGACAUUGGAAUCUGAAACAUUUCAUGCUCCGGUUGAUGAAAAGUUGAUUUUGAAGAAUAAAUCACAAGAGAUCGAGACAUAUUUAAAUGGGCGCUGUAUAUACCUUGUUGGAAUGAUGGGCUCUGGGAAGACAACUGUGGGGAAGAUAUUGUCACAAGCGCUUUCUUAUGCGUUUUUUGAUAGUGAUGCCUUGGUGGAGGAGGAGGUUGAUGGAACAUCUGUAGCUGAUAUAUUCAAGCACUAUGGAGAGACAUUUUUUCGUAAUAAGGAGACUGAGAUAUUGAGGAAGCUGUCAAUGAUGCAUAGACAUGUUAUUUCUACUGGUGGAGGUGCUGUUGUGAGGCCCAUCAAUUGGAAAUAUAUGUACCAAGGAAUUAGUGUUUGGUUGGAUGUACCUGUAGAAGCAUUGGCUCAGAGAAUAACAGCCGUAGGAACUGAUUCUCGCCCACUUCUGCAUUAUGAACCGGGAGAUGCAUACACAAAGACUUUCAUGCGUUUGUCUGCCCUUUUAGAAGAAAGAAGUGAAGCAUAUGCAAAUGCCAAUGCCCGGGUCUCCUUGGAAAAUAUGGUAGCAAAACUGGGUCAAAGAGAUGUGUCAGAUUUAUCUCCAACUGCUAUUGCAAUGGAGGCGCUAGAACAAAUCAAAGGCUUUCUUAUGAGUGAAGAUGGCUGUUAAGCACGUUCUGGAAGAAUCUUCAACACAAGCAUGUUUUGAUAAUGCAUAAUUUUCUCCCCAAAUUAAAAUUGGAUAUGAGAAUGGUGUAUCCUUUUGUUUGGAACAGUAAUGAUGCAUGCAGAUAUUCAGUGUUUAUGCGUAAUUUGACGGCAUGCAGCGUUUAAUUUUCACAUCUUCUGUGAUGUUUGUAGUAAUGUGAACCGGAAAAAUCAGUAUGCGUGCCUUAGUUGUCACGUAAACUUAAAUAAGGGUACUGAGGAGAAUCCAAAAGAUAGGAGUGCUUCUUAGAAAUAAUUAUGAAGUUCAAUAAUUUGUACUUUGGUAAUAGUUGGUAGUUGCCUUUGAGACUAGAAGUUCAUUAAUAACAUUUUGGUAGUAGUUGGAUAGUUAUAUUAAUUGUGUUUUGGUAGAAGUUGUAUUAAAUGUAUGUGGUUGAAAGACCAAGUUAAAGGGCCUAUAAAUAGUGCUUGUACUCUAAAUGUAAGACACACAAAGUCUUAACAUAAAGAGUGUUUAUCCAUAAAUACUUGUUUGUCAACAAAUUGGCUUCAAAGCUCGAGAGCCCGAGUGUCUCAGUGCUUAAGGAAAAGUGUUUGAGAGUUAGAGAGUUUGAGCGAGAUGAAAAACUUAGCAAACAACAUGCCCCUGCCUAAGUUAUCAAAAGGCAUCAGCUAUGAUAACUGGAGUCUGCAGAUGAAGGCACUCCUUAAUUCCCAAGGAGUAUGGGAAGUAGUCGAAAAUGGAUACCAAGAACCUACAAACAUUGAAGAAUAGACGAUUGUCCAUCUUGUUGCGUUGAUAGCAACGUGAGUGAAGGACAAAGCAACCAUGUAAGUGUUGUACUAAGUUGUUGAUGAGUCCGACUUUGAGAAGAUAGGUAAUGCUAAAUCUUCAAAAUAAGCAUGUAUUGGAGAAGGCAUAUAAAUGGGAUAAUUGUGUGAAGUAAGUCAGACUUCAAACUCUUAGAGGCGAGCUUGAAAACAUGAGGAUGAAAGAGGAUGAAAGAGGUUGAAAGAGUUGCUGAGUACGUCACUCGUGUUGUGAUCAUGGUGAAUCAACACAGAAGGAAUGGAGAGACGUUGCCCAUUUGCUGAGUGGUGGAAAGAAUCUUAAGGUCGUUAACGAACAACUUUGAGAACAUUGUUUGCGUAGUUAAAGAGUCUAAGGACUUGUCAAUACUCUAGAUGGGAAUAGCUUACCGAGUCGCAAAAGGCGCAUGAGCAACAGAGAAGGAAAAAGAAUGACGAGUCUCUUAAUCAAGCACUACAAGCAAAGGAAACAAUAAAGGGAAAAGUUCAAAACACUCAAGGUAGAGGUUGAUAUCAAGGAGGUAUUGGAAGAGGUUCUAGUGGUAGUGGUAGAGGAGGACAAGAAGUGAAAGAGCAUUCCGGUCAAGAAAUUUGGAAUGGCCGAGGACGAAGAUCGUAGAGAGGAGGUCGGUCAAGCAGCUCAUGAGUUAAGUGUAUCAAAUGUGGGAAGUACAGUCAUUUUGCAAAUGAUUGCAGAUCAGUUAAGUGCUUUAGUUUUUGGAAGGUCGAGCAUUUCGCAAAAGAUUUCCAAUAUGAAAAUGAAAGAGAAGAGACAACCAAUCUUGCCAAAGAAGUUGAAGAAGAGGAGGUGUUGUUAAUGAUGGGAUGUAACUCGGGGGUCAAGAACAAGCAAGUUGAGAAUUUAACAAGAAAGUCGAGUGUCAUAAGUCAAUUGAGUAGCAUUGGUAGGUCGAUAAAACGUGCAAAUAGUCUGAUCAGCUUGAUGUGAUGCUUGGAUAACAUAGAAAGCUUAGUGGAGCAUGAGCUUAACUCGGUUAGCUCAGUGAAGCGUCUACAUAGCUUUGUUAAAAUGAUGGAACAAGUGAAAUGCUCGGAAAGUUUGGUGGAGAAGGUGAACAACCUGGAAAGCUCAAUGGAGCAGGUAAGCAAUUCAAAUAACUCAGUGAGAUGUCUUGAUAGCUUGGAUUACUUAAUGUAGAGUGUGGACAACUUAGGUCUUGAAGAAGACAAAUAUGUUAUUCAAAUUUUAGAGCUUGCAAAAGGAGAUUUGCAACAAAUAGUUGAAAGGAAGUUAGAAGUAAUGUAGAGUUACAGGCAGGCUUAGAGAGAAGAAAGCAAGUUUUGCAUAAGUGACGUCAGAAACUUGAACAAGAAGUGUUAAGUUUGCAAAAGCAGUUUUGUGUCAAGAAGGAUCUUAAAGUUGCACUAGAAAUGCAAGAUGAGAAGUGACAACUUGAAAUGGAUGAUGAGUUUGGUGUGAAUAAGGCAUGAGAGUUAUUCAAUCUCUUAAAGAGAGUUCGGCCUAUUGACAAGAAUUCGGUUAAUGACAAGUCGACCAUAGAGACAAUAAAAACUCAUUUAGGGAUAAGUCAACGAAGUUUGAGAAGAAGUCGGCCAAACUAGAGAACAAGUUGACAAAAACGAAAUACAAGUCGGCCACAAACAAAGAGAAGAACAAGUGAACUACAAUGAAAGCAAAGUCGGUCACGAAGAAAGUGAAGAAUUUGAAUAUUAAUGAAAGAACAAGCACAAUUGUGCUGCUGAUAAGUAUUAAAAAUACUUAUUAUUCUUAUUUUAUUGGACUUCUUAAUUGUACUUAAUCAUGUGUUUUGUGGGAAUUUUUAGGUUGUUUUUAGGUUCUUUUAGGUUAGAUAUAUUUUGUGUUAUAUUUGAGAUUAUUGUAUAGGAAAGUGAAUGAUUGGAGAAGAAGUGAGGUUAUUUUGUCAGGACCCAGUCGCCAAGCGAAAUGGACCAGUCGCCCAGCGAGUAAUCACCGGUCGCCCAGCGAGAAGACGAUUUUCUGAAGUGGUUAUAGUUUCGAAAACUUACACGAAACGGGGUGCUGGAGUGUGGGAACGCGACAGAACCAGAAAAGAGAGGAAAAAGCGCCAUUCUAGGGCAAGGAGACUUCACAACAAUUCAUCCAUUCCAUCAAAUUCAUCCAUCCUUUGUUCUAGAUGCUUAGGAGUGACUAAACUCCUCCUUCAUUGGGGUUGGAUGUAAUGAACCUAUACUCUUUGUAAUUUUCCUAUGCAAUGUAAUCUCUUUCGUUGUUCAUAUGUUUUAUCUCAAUUAUAAAUGUGCUUGAUGGAAA